AUGGCGUCCGCGCUGGAAUACUAUCGCGCCGUCAUACCCCACGACUUGAAGCCAAUAAGCUUGCUCCCAUUUGCGAAAUCUCAAGUCCGCCCGCCACUUGAUCGCUACAGCACGCAUGACGUCCAGUUUCAGAUCCAGCCACCACUCGCCUCCAAGCUGAAGCACCUCGCUCGUCGGCAUCGUUCCACGUCAUUUCAUCUUUACCUGGCUGCCCUCCAAGCGCUUAUCUUCCGCAUGCUCCCAGAAACCAAUGAGUUCUUCAUUGGUAUUGCUGACGCCAAUAAGCUCGACAAAGACUUCAUGAACAGUGUUGGUAUGCUCUUUAACCUGCUUCCGCUACGCUUCGACAGACCGGAACCUAGCUUGAGCGAAGAGCAAUGGCAUGCUGCUCGAAUCGGCUACGACAUGGGUCUAGAGAUAACGGAGAACCCGACGGGCGAAUCGAACUUGACUCUGAAGAUGCAGGAUGCACUGUAUUCCCAGGCGAGCGCACAGCUUUUCCUCCGUAGUUUCGUCAACCUCCUUGAGGAAGUGGCGAAGGGUGUUGAUAUGACUAUUGAAUCCCUGCCUACGUGGCCCCAGUCAGAUAUUGACCAUGCCCUUGACGUCGGAAGGGGCACCGACAUGAACCUUGAGUGGCCGGGUACGAUAUCUCACCGCGUGGACCAGAUGAUUCAAGAGCAUGCUACCGAUAUCGCGCCGGUGCUUGACAUUGCGGACCGCAUUGUUGCGAAUGUUGCGAGUCACAAGAUGAGGAGGCGCGGAGUCUCGGAAAUAUACAUGUACUGCGCUAUGCUGGUACUUUGCGUGCCACUCCUGCAGACCUCGCGAUGCAUGCGAGCGAGAUGGCUGGUGCCACGGAGUUUGAAGCUCUCCCAAUGA